AUGACCGUGUCAACUUCAACAAGAGCAUCUCCUGCCUUUGUUAUCUCACAAUAUCCUCUUCUUGCAAAGACUUCGGAAUCAUCAAUUUCACUAACGGAAGUGUCUCCUGUAAUCCUUAGUUCACCAACACCAUUUGUUUUUAAAGAAACUCACCCGAACAUUACUCAACCGGAAUCAAUAUCAGAUUUUUCAACGAGAACCACAUUAUUAUUAACAAGGAAUAAUAUAGAAAGUUGCUCUGAUACCACCACCACGACGAAUAUAAAAUCAAAACUUCUAAAUGAACAUCUGAAAUUAUUACAUGUCGCCUUAUCAACUAAAGAUGAUGAUGUUGUGAGCUCAUUAAAAGGAUUCAUACCUCGAAGGUCGAUGCAUCUCACUCGGCAAAAAUGUGUUAAUGUCAAUUAUCGUUCUAGCAGGAAUGCUCUUGAAGCUGUUGAUAGGAGAGGAAGCAGAAGAAGCCUCCAAAGAGAAGUAAUAAAGGGAAGUAGCGUAUGCAAUUGGGUAGUUUGA